AUGAGUGAGGCUGAGCAACUCCAUGCUAUUGAAGAAAAUUAUCCAUCAGACUCUGAAGGCGCAUUCAGUGACGAGGAGACAUUUCAAACUAUCAAGGAACUGGGUCUUCCAAGUGAUGAUAAACUCUCAAGUAUGGAAACUCCACUGAUCUCCAAGGGAGAUUUAUCGGAGCUCCUCGAUCCGAGUAAGGCAAGGGGUAAACGGUCGAAGCGAUUUGUCGUGAACAUGUACAGGACCGAGGGGCUCAUUCCUGAAUCUGAAGAAUCUAGAGCUUCCGAGAUGAAAGCUACGGCUAGACCAGGGAUGCAUGAGCGGACCACAAGCACUCAGAGUAAUCUCAGUGUCGCUUCUCAAGAAGAUUACGACAAGACUACGGCUGAACUUGACGAUUACACGAGGAGAGGAAAACAGGUUAAUGAUUUGAUAACCAGAUUUCAUGCUUGUUGUGAUGAGUCGAUGAGGUCUAUUGAAGAAACUAAGGGGACGAUCGAUCGUCUCGCUCGGCAUUUUCAAUCCUCUCAUACAAAGUGA